AAAUAGUAUCAAGUCAACAGUCGCAUUGUGCGAUCGUUUAGCGGUAAAGUAGUGAGAACAUCAGAGAAUUGAAAGAAAUAAAAAAAUAUGUACAUAUACAUACACAUUCCAAAAUCAAUACGAGUGUUUGCUAUGUGAUUAAAUAAACUUAUCGGUUCCGUUAAAAGUGUCAACUAGACGAAUAAAUAUAAUAAAAAACUAAAAUGAUUCAUAAUAAUCACAAUUAAAAAAGACAAAAUAUAAAACACUUAACUUAUUCACAAACAAAUAGAAAAAUGAUAUUGAAUUUUGUGUUAUAAUAAAAAAAUGCGUUGUUAUUUUAAUUAAAUUAACACCCACAAAAAGUAGAAAAAAAGAGAAUAAUCUGUAGUCUUGCUGUAGCGCCACCAAAUUAAAUUCAUAUGUAUACCAAUGUCUACACAUUUGAUUUAAACUUAACACUAACAGCAACAAAAAGCAAAUGUUUAGAGAAUUUAUAAAAAUUAUUUUCUUCUUUUGUGCAUGGAUGUAAAUAUAAAUAAACAUUACUAAAAAGCAACAAUAAUAAGAGUAAAACACAAUCGAAUAUAUAAUAGCUUCUGUCACCUUCAAGAGCGUAAUGACAUCGCCGCAAUGCAGCUGUUUGAGACGUUUUUUAGUACUUGGAAUCGGUCUAUUGACGAUUUUGGCUGGAGUGUAUCUCUAUCUAAAUUGGACAGAAAUAUUUACACAAAUUAGAGGAAAGGAAAUGGCAUUAAGUGAAAAAUCACCUGCAUACAAAGGUUGGAAAAUAUCACCAUUACCAUUACAUUUUGAUGUUUAUCUAUUCAACUGGACAAAUCCAGAAGACUUUUAUAUUGGAUCAAAGAAAAAACCACGUUUCGAACAAUUGGGUCCCUAUAGAUUUCGUGAAGCACCCGAUAAAGUUGAUAUUCAAUGGCAUACAAAUUUUUCGGUAUCAUUUCGAAAAAAGGCUAUAUUUUAUUUUGAUCAAGACAGUAGCAAUGGCACAUUGGAUGACAAAAUAACCACGGUUGAUACAGUUGCACAUUCAGCUGCUUUAAGAUUAAAAACAAAAUCAAAUUUCGAAAAAUUCUUUCUCAAUCGUGGCCUAAGUGCUUACAGUAAAAAAUUUUAUAUUACAAAAACUGCUAAUGAAUGGUUGUUUACUGGUUAUCAAGAUCCCUUUGUAACAAUUGGCGGUUAUUUCUCCAAACUUACAAGUGCAAUAGAAGUGCCUUUUGAUCGUAUUGGGUGGUUGUACACGCGCAACAAUAGUGCUCAUUACGAGGGCCAUUUUAAUAUAUUUACCGGCAGUGAUGAUAUUUCAAAAAUGGGUCAAAUACAUGAAUGGAAUUAUAAAACUCACAAUGGUGUCUUUGAUGGAGAGUGUGGCCGUGUAAAGGGUUCCAUGGGGGAAUUCUUUCCACCCAAUUUAACACCACAAGAUUCUAUAUUUCUCUACGUCCCCAAUAUAUGUCGCGCAGUGCCCUUGGAUUAUACAGAAACAGUAGCUAUACAUGGGGUUACAGCUUAUAAAUACAGCGGUACUGAGAGAUUAGUGGAUAACGGUACAAUGUUCCCAGAAAAUAAAUGCUUUUGCAUUAAUGGUAAAUGUGAAGCAUCUGGGAUAUUCAAUAUAUCACCCUGUAAAUUCAAUUCGUCGAUAUACAUGUCUUAUCCGCAUUUUUUCAAAGCCGAUCCUGUGUAUUUAGAACGAAUUGAAGGACUGAAACCAGAAAAGGAAAAGCAUGAAUUUUUCAUGACUUUAGAACCUAAUGCAGGCGUGCCAAUGGAUGUGGGUGGUGGUUUUCAGGCAAACUAUCUUCUGGAGUCAAUUGAAGGCAUAAACGGUUUCAACAAUUUACCUCGUACUUUUAUACCCAUUAUGUGGGCUGAAGAGAGAGUGAGAGUCACUUCGGAAAUUGCUGCCGAUAUUGCAUUAGUACCACUAAUUGUAUUAUUGGGUCAAUUACUAACUGGUAUUUUAUUGGCAAUUGGAGUAAUAAUGAUAUGUUGGUAUCCAACAAAAUUUGUUACAGUCUGCUGGCAAGAUCCCAAAGGAAAAAGUAAAUUACUUCGACCACUAUCCGCCACAACUUCAACGAGCAUUUCAAGGUCGCAACACCGCAGAACCAGAGAACAUCUAAACCUCAUAGAACGCCGAGAUGUUGAUCUAUUGCGUAACAAUGGUUCUUUAGAUGAAUGCUUAUUGAAUAACACUUUAUCACAUCAAACGUACUCCUCAGAUGUGAUAACUAGUUGAUAGGCUUAUGCGAAUAAAGUGAUUAUUAUACAUACAUAUUUCUCAAUUGCAAUUAUAGGAUAAUAACUCAAAAUUCGAUCUACAACAAAAUAUAAACCGAACCGUAUACCAUUCUACGUCAAGGCGGUCAAAAGACUAAAACUUUUUAUUAAAUUGGAAUUUUGAUACUCGAUUUAUUGUUCAGUAUUUUCUGAUAUUACAAAAUUUUAAUUAUUAACUAUGUUUUUUAACAAUAUGAGAGAAUAUGAACAAUAAUUGUGUAGAACUUUUGCAAUUUUUUUUACCAAAUCGGUGAUCCUUUGAACUUUGUGGCAGAAGUACAAUAAAUAAAAUUAAAAAAUUGCCAUUAUUAUACCAUACACUUCGAUUUAAAAUUUCAAAACAAAAUGUAGUGUUUAGUUCCUUCCAGACAUACAUGUGCAUAGGAAGACAGUAUGAAAAUUUCGAUUUUGCUCAGAUGGGACUUAUUUUGUUCAUUAGUCUAUAAACAAAUAGUAAUAAAUGAAAUUUAUCAGUUCAGCAGUCCGUUUAACUUCAACAAACAAAAACAGUUUGUGACCACAAACAAAUAUUUUUGGCCACUUUCUCAAAUCGUGUUAAAACCAUCAAAUUAAUCUGUUGUUAUACAUAAAUGUCAAAACAAUUAAUCAAGUUUUCAAGCUAUAUUUUUUGACCUGUGAACCUUUAAAAGCAAAUGAGCAAUUUGUAUGUAUAUACAUAUGUACAUAUUUUUCUACAAGUAUUUGAAAUAUUAUUUGCAAACUAAAACAAUUUAGAUCUUUAUAAAAGCAAGCGCAAACUCUUUGUACAAAUAAAAUGUUGUAACCUUAAAUUAAGUA